AUGCGUUCACACUUACGAGUGAUUAAAGCGGCUGCAAAGUUGUGCCGCUGCCAACGACCAUCCACACCAAUUUUGCUUCUCCUUCUGCUCCUUUCCCAAUAACAUUCUUCUACUCUCUUUCUUUCCCAUUUCAAACUUCUUUCAACUCUCCAACCGACUUUCUUUUUCGGGCUCAACUCUGCCGCUUUUGCAGCUUCUUCUGGUGCAGAUUUGUGGGUUACGUUGCUAUGCAGCUUGUUUCCCACCAUUUCUUGCUACUGGUAUGCUUCUCUUUCCUUAUCUAUCUCGUUUCUGGUUUCACCUCCGAUGGGUUGGCUUUAUUGUCACUCCAAACCCGCUGGACUACCGACACCCCUUUUGUGCCUGCUUGGAAUGCUUCUCAUUCCACUCCCUGUUCUUGGGGUGGGAUUCAAUGCGAUAAAAACCUUCGUGUCAUCACCUUGAAUCUCUCUUCCUAUGGGGUUUCAGGUCAGAUUGGGCCCGAAAUUGGGAAUUUGACCCACUUGCGUACCAUUGAUUUGAUGUCCAACACUUUUUCUGGUGCAAUUCCUUAUGAGAUAGGUAAGUGUAGCCAUUUAGAGUUCUUGGAUCUCUCCCUUAACCAAUUUGGGGGACAAAUUCCUCAUUCCUUAACAAGCCUUACCAACCUCACGUUUUUGAACCUCCAUUCCAAUGUUCUAACAGGUGCAAUACCCGACUCCUUAUUUCAAAUCCUGAAUUUGCAGUAUGUGUAUCUUAGUGAAAAUAGUCUCAACGGUUCUAUUCCUUCCAAUGUGGGGAAUUUGAAGCAGCUGUUGCAUUUGUAUUUGUAUGGAAAUCAGUUGUCUGGAGCCAUACCUUCUUCCAUAGGGAAUUGUAGCCAAUUACAGGAUCUUUACUUGAACCAGAACCAGUUGGUGGGAGUGUUGCCCAAUACUCUUAACCAUCUUCAUAAUCUUGUGAAUUUGGGUGUCAGCCACAACAAUCUUGAGGGUCCAAUUCCUUUGGGUUCCGGCAAUUGCCAGAGUUUAGAAUAUAUAGAUUUGUCAUUCAAUGGUUAUAGUGGAGGUAUACCUGCUGGGCUGGGCAACUGUAGUGGCCUAACAACCUUGCUCAUUGUAAAUUCCAGCCUAACAGGUCAUAUUCCGUCCUCCAUCGGUCGGUUAAGUAAUCUUACGACUAUCGAUCUCUCUAAAAAUCAACUAUCAGGGAAUAUACCUUCCGAGUUUGGGGAUUGCAAAUCCUUGAAAGAACUGGAUUUGUACGUCAACCAACUCGAGGGACGUAUCCCGAAGGAAUUGGGUUUGCUACAUGGAUUAGAGGUCCUUCAAUUGUUUUCAAAUAGCUUGACUGGUGAGAUUCCAAUUAGCAUCUGGAAGAUUGCAAGUCUCCAGCAUAUUAUUGUGUACAACAACAACCUUUCUGGGGAACUGCCCUUGAUAAUAACUGAGCUCAAGCACCUCAGAAAUAUAUCUGUGUUUAACAACCAGUUUUCUGGAGUUAUACCUCAAAGUCUGGGGCUCAACAGUAGUUUAGUGCAGGUGGAGUUCACUAAUAACCAGUUCGUUGGUCAAAUUCCACCUAAUUUAUGCUCGGGAAAGACAUUACGCGUGUUGAAUUUAGGUUUGAAUCAAUUUCAAGGUAGCGUACCUUCAGAUAUUGGAACGUGUUCGACUCUUCAGAGGUUGAUUUUGAGAAGGAAUAAUCUAAUAGGGACCCUGCCAGAAUUUAAGAGAAAUCACGGCCUUCGGUUCGUGGAUGCCAGUGAAAACAACCUGAAUGGAACAAUUCCCUCAAGUUUGGGAAAUUGCAUCAAUCUCACCUCGAUUAAUUUGUCAAGCAACAAGCUUACAGGUCGUAUACCUGAUGAGUUGGGAUAUCUUGUGAACCUUCAAAGUUUGAGCUUGUCUCACAACAUCUUGGAUGGACCUUUACCAUCUUCUCUGUCAAAUUGUACCAAACUGGAUAAGUUUGACGUAGGAUUCAAUUUAUUGAACGGUUCUGUACCUCGUAGUUUAGCCAGCUGGAAAGUUAUAUCCACGUUGAUAUUAAAAGAGAAUCGAUUUACUGGAGGCAUCCCGAACGUAUUGUCAGAACUUGACAGCCUUUCACUGCUAGACCUUGGUGGCAAUUUGUUUGGAGGUGAAAUCCCUUCAUCUCUUGGAGCAUUGAAGAAUCUGUUUUAUUCCUUGAAUCUCAGUAACAAUGGGUUAACUGGUCAACUACCUUCUGAGCUAGCUAGUCUGGUGAAGCUUGGGGAGUUAGAUAUAUCUCACAAUAAUUUGACUGGAAGCUUAAGCGUUCUUGGCGAACUAAGUUCAUCCUUACUUGAGCUUAACAUUUCUGAUAAUUUAUUCACGGGUCCUGUGCCACCGACAUUAAUGAAGUUGCUGAAUUCUGAUCCCUCAUUGUUCUCCGGUAACCCUGGGCUGUGCAUCAGCUGUGAUGAACUAGAUGGCUUAAGUUGCAGCAGAACAAGCAGUAUCAAACCUUGUGCUAGCCGUUCAAGCUCUCGUCUUAGCAAUAUACAAAUUGCAAUGAUAGCUCUCGGAAGUUCGAUCUUUAUUGUUCUUUUGCUUCUCGGAUUGGUUUAUAAGUUUGUUUACAGAAGAAGAAACAAACAAAACAUUGAGACCUCUGUUCAAGUGGGAGAAACUUCCUUGCUCAACAAGGUGAUGGAGGCUACUGAUAAUCUAGACGAGCGGUUCGUCAUCGGGAGAGGAGCACAUGGCGUUGUUUAUAAGGCUUCCCUAGAUUCAAAUAGAACUUUUGCUGUAAAGAAGCUUACAUUUGUAGGAUGUAAAGGGGGAAGGCAGAACAUGGUUAAAGAAAUUCGAACUGUUGGCAACAUUAGGCAUCGGAACUUGAUCACUUUGGAAGACUUUUGGUUGGGAAAAGACCAUGGUCUAUUGCUUUACAGAUACCAGCCGAAUGGAAGCCUUUAUGAUGUGCUGCAUGGGAUGAAUCCAUCUCCAGCUCUAACAUGGAAAGUCCGGUAUAAUAUAGCCACUGGUAUUGCUCAUGGAUUGGCGUAUCUUCAUUACGAUUGCGAUCCUCCUAUAAUACACCGAGACAUCAAACCGCAGAAUAUACUUCUAGAUUCAGAGAUGGAACCUCGUAUCGCUGAUUUCGGUCUUGCAAAGCUGCUGGAUCAGACCUCUGCAUCGACGACUUCUUCUUCUUUUGCGGGUACAAUUGGCUACAUUGCACCAGAGAAUGCAUUUUCAGCAGCAAAGAGCAAAGCUUCAGAUGUGUACAGUUAUGGGGUGGUUUUACUUGAGCUGAUAACGGGAAAGAAGCCAUCAGAUGCAUCAUUUACGGAGUUCGGGAGUAUCAUGGCUUGGGUUCGGUCGAUAUGGAACGAGACGGAGGAAAUAGAUAGAAUUGUUGAUCCAAGGCUGGUGGAAGAAGUUGUAAACUCUGAUGAGAAGGAGCAGAUUAAGCAGUUGCUUAUGGUGGUUUUGAGAUGCACAGAAAGGGAGGCUAACAAGAGGCCAACAAUGAGAGAUGUAGUGAACCACUUGAUUGAUUCAAACACAAGUCAUGUCAGGAAAUAUGACUAACCUUAUUGUCUCUUCAAAGCCACUGUACUAUUGAGACUCCCUUUGUCCCUGUUUGGAAUGCCUCUGAUUCCACUCCCUGCUGUUGGGCUGGGAUUCAUUGUGAUCAAAACCUUGAAUCUCUCUUCCUAUGGGGUUUCAGGUCACCUUGGACGCGAAAUUGCUUUGACCACCAACGAAUUCUCUGGUGCAAUUUCUUCUGGGCUACGCAACUGUAGCCAUUUAGAGUACUUGGAUCUCUCCCUCAACCAAUUAGGUGGAGAAAUUCAAUCGUUGAUGUCCCUUAGGAACUUACACGUUUUUGAACUUCGAUGCAAAUGGUGUAACUGGCGCAGUUCCCGAUUCGUUACUUCAAAUAUUAAUAAAA